AUGCGGCCCGAAUCCAAAGAACUGGAGCUGGAGCCGGCUGAGCCGACUCCACAAGCAGUGGUGCAUCAGAUCUUCAGCAACUGCAUCCCUGAGACUCACGUAUGCAAAGAGCUGCUCGGCGAGGUUUUAACUCAGAUCGGUAUCUCCAAGGCAGAUGCCGACGCACUGCUUUUGGUGGUGAACAGUGGAAGCUCACAAGUUUCGUAUGAGGACUUCGUGAAGUUCGUUUUUCCUCCGCCGAAGGAGCAGGUUGUCAGGAGGCGACGGAAAAUGUCCUGGGUCAGGUGGAGGAGCCUUUCCUCAUCAGCUAUUUUCGUCGCAUCUUUCAAAAACUUGUCCACAGGGAUGAUGAAGGCGUCACAAAGAAACAGCUGCACGAGGUCUUAG